AGCGCCGAAACCACCUUCCAGGCAGGAGAAGUUUCUCGUGGUCAAGUCAGUGACAUGAGUCCAGUUUGCUUCAACAUGGCUAGACUGUGCCUCCUCGGAUUGAUGCUGGUGGUUGUGAUGAUUGAUACUGUGCUGGGAACAGGCAAGAUUGCGGUCAAGGUCACCAGGUUCCUUAACCCGAGUGGACGAGACAAGAACGGCAACUGCUGUGAUGGUUUGAAUCUGCCUAACCGGUGUCCAACCGGUACCUGUGACGACAGCUUUCUCCUGUGUGGUUCCAGUGCGGUGAGUAUCGCCAGCGCCACAGACUGCGACUACGGAAGCCACAAGUUUAACGGCCAGGGAGACCAUAACAGCAACAACUUCUCCGACGACGUCUCAUUGUUCUCUUUCGAUACGUGGAAGGGCAGUGUGACCCUCGGUGUCAACGUCACCGACCUCGACACCGAUGGCGAGAUGAUCAUCGACAGCUUCUCCGUCAACUUUACAUCCGCAGUGUUCCCUUCCGACAACACUGCUUCCUACAAAAACCUGGACCUAACGGGAGAAAGGACGAUUAACCCAACCAGCUUGAGAGUGUCAAUCACGGCGUAUUGUGACAGAUACUACUACAGGGAAGAUUGCUCCAAACGCUGUGUUCAGCAGGACAACUGUGACGGCCACUACGGGUGUGACAGCAGCGGCGACAUCGUCUGUAGCCAUGGUUGGACGGGACCUCGGUGUCGUCAGCCUGUAGCUGGGUCAGUCACAGACUGUGACUUGUAUGACGGUUUAGCAAAAACGUCCUGGGCAGGGAAUGUCUUGUGCAACUCCACACAAGCCAUCGCCUUAAACAUUGCAAGUCAGAACAAAGAUGGUGGAGUGUCAGGGUCAAUGAAAACCCAAGGGGAGACAAUUCCGAUUGGAGGGAGUUUCAACACCACUACAAAGAAACUCACUCUGUCUGUCAACAAGGACAAUACGAGUAAAGUUGAUAUCCAACAGGUUUUAGCAACGAGGGAAAACGACACCAAAUUAUUUGGGAAUGUGUACGGAGUGAAUGAAUCAUGCAAACUGGAACUGCUUCAAUCCUCUGGCGUGUUCGAUGCGUGCGGACAGGGGAGGUGCAUACGGUACGGACGGAAGACGGACGACUUCUACUGCUGCUGUGAUGACGGAACAACGGCUGCCAGCUGUAAUGCAUCAACGACAACGACAGUGACUACACAAACACCAAGCUCAGAGAUGACAUCACAAACCACAAACUCGACCGUCACCACAGCAAAAACGUCGUUACCAACAUCAUCUCCCUCCACUACUGCUACUACAGCAGGACCCACAUCGACAUCUAACAACUCCUCGACACAAUUUUCUACUCUUCAUCCUUCUACGACUGCUACUACUACGUCGGCUAAAGUUCCAGCGACAUCAGAAGUGUCGUCGUUGAUCACACUCGCAGAUUUAUUGGUUAAAGAAAUCGGACAAGCCCGUUUGAUCACGACAUUAAGAGAAUAAAAUAAUGAUAAAUGUU